GAAGCGUUGACAUGGUGAAGCUAAGUAAAUGGGCAGCCUGUAAUGCUGGUCGCACAUUCAGUCGCAACCAGCCAUCAGAGUGAAACUGACCAUGUGCCUGCUGCGCCAUGUAAUGCUGAAAAUGCUCAGGAGAGAAGAGCAUCUUUGAACCAGAUGUGAGGGUAACGAAACUAUGUGGAAGGCAGAUCAGAGGGAGCUUUAUGUCAUGGGUGUUUACUGCAAUGUGACCUCACUGGAGGCCCAGACACAGAUUAACACCACCAUCUACCAGCUGGUGAAGAUGGUCACCAUGUGUGUGAGCUGCACCUUGAACACUGUACUCAAUGUUCCUUUGCUCCUGGUCCUCAUGCGCUCCCCGUCCCUCCUCAGACACACUCGCUUCCUGCUCCUCACACACCUCCUCUUGUGUGACAACCUCCAGCAGCUCAUCUGGACAGCCAAAGCAGUUGUCCUAAAAUCCAGAGGGGGUAUACCUGUGACCCACUGUCUGAUCUUCUGUGCUGCUAACCAGGCCUGCUCAUUGGUGGACCUCUUCCUUAGCACCGCUCUGUCCGUGGACCGAUUUGUAGCUGUCAAGUGGCCCCUGCACUAUGAAUUCUUGAUGUGUCCUCAAAGGAAGAGGGCAACUAUUGCAGCCAUAUGGACCUUAUCAGCUGUGCUCAGCAGUGUGGCUCUGGGUAUCAGCCUCAACACCAUCCAGGUCAAUUUUACUAUUCCCCGCUGUCGACCUCUUAUCAUUACACCCUGCCUGUCAGGGACAUCAGCUCUGGUUCUUUACUGCACCGUGGGAACUGCUGUUGUGGUGCUUCUCUGCGCUCUGACCAUCCUUGCGUGCUUCUGCCUGCUCUGCUGGGACAUGCGCAGGGGACUGCUCUGCACCAAGAGAGCUUGUGUGACCCUGACCCUCCAGGCGGCUCAGACCAUACUCUUCUCUGUUCCUUUGGUGAUGGACAGUUACCUGAUUCCUGGAUACCUGCACAGUGAUGCUCUUGAUAUAGCAGCCACCAUCAUCUUCAGUCUGGGGGUGUCACUCAUCCCUCUGGUUUAUGGCUAUCGCUCGCGGGAGCUGCAGCAAAGGAUACGACAGGCUGCGCACAGGAACAAAGUCCAGGACCAAAAUUAGGUUACAGUCUUGGAAAUAAGGGCUCCAAAUGGGUUCCUACUGAAAGGCUGAGGUUGUACCCAGAAACAUUUGCUGAUAAAGACCCCUCUUUUUUGAGGAAAGGGUUCCACAAGGGUUCUUUGUAAGACUGAGGGUUCCAUUUUCAUCCAAAGAGCCCUUUUUGGGAGAAAGUUCUUCAAGUAUUGUUGAAAGAACGGGCAUUACAAGAUCUUCACCCUCAAAUAAUCAAAUGUUUUAAUUGUAUCUGGAAACCCCUUAAUCCAUUCAUUUUACUGUAUGUGUUCAUUUCAUGACAUACAAUACCAUGUGGUCCACCUUUUUUUUUUCGACAGUUACCCAUCACUUGGCAUUUUGUAUCUGGUUCUAAUUUGGAGCUGAGUUUUGGGCCCCAACUCCUCUGCACCACUGAAAUUGUAAAGGCUGUAGUAGUAAUGAGUUCAUGAAACCUCCGCUGUCUGGAUCAUUGGUCUCCACCAAGCUGAGGAAGGACCCUAUAUGGGUCUAGUUAGCACCUUUAUUUCUAAGAGUGUAAGGUCUGCCAUUUCUAAAGGGCUGGGCACACCAAACCCAUACUAAGGAACUAGUGGUGACAAAAGCCGACUGUUGCGUUGCUUCAUGUCUCUGUCGAAAAGUUGCACAGCAACACACCACAAAGACUACAGACAACCUGGACGUAUGUUUUGCGGCUGCAUGAGAAGAACUAACUCUCCAUACCUGCAGACAGUGUCUACAUUCAUCAUCCAAAACAGGAAACUUGACUGUCAUGAUGCUAGUUAGCCAGUUAGCACAUUAACAACACAACCUGAUGUUUAAGGAACAAAUGAUACUUACCAUGCUCUAGUGAACAAUACCAGUUACGAAUGGUUUCUGCUCAAGAGCUUAAUGGCAAAAAACUAAUUUUACUUUUUGUUUACUUUCCUCACUUUCGUUGAACUGCUAAUUAAAGUGAGUUCAUUCACAGACGGAUUCUGCCGUCUCUGGAGCCGAUUCAACAUGCUGAAUCAGCCCCCCAAAAAAAGCUGUCAAGGGCCAAUGGACACACUGCAAAGACUAAGGUGACAGAUGCUUAC